AUGGACAUCGCAGAUAUGAACAUGACAUCCAUUUUCGGAUCUCCACCGGCGGGCUUAGAUCUCGCUGAAAGCAGAACCUUUGAAGAUACUACUGUUGUCGUGACUAUAUGUAUGCUUGCAGUGUGCACUAUUAUCUUCCGGUUGGUUGUGAGGGGAUAUAUCCUGGGAGCGAGGCUGGAAGCCGAUGACUGGUUGAUUGGAGCAUCUGGUAUUCCAUUGAUUGCAUUGCUUGCAGCAUCUAUUCUCGGUAUGAUCCUCUUUGCCUACCUCAUUGUCUACCUGUUCCAGCUCCUCCUCAUCAAAGUCUCAAUUCUCAUGUUCUAUCGCCGAAUCUUUGGCAUGAACUGGACGAUCUGGACCACCCUUCUCAUCUCAUAUGGCUGGUGCAUAGGAAGCAUGAUUGCAGCCAUAUGCGCUUGUGAGCCAAUCUCAUAUUUUUGGAGGGAAAUCAUCGACCCUAAAUCUGGCUCAAACCGCUAUGACUUCUACUACUACUACGUUGGGAACGCAGCUGCCAACGUCGUGACAGAUGUUCUUAUUCUGCUUGUCCCGUUGCCUGUUGUUUGGAGACUUCAGAUGCGGACACCACAAAAGAUUGGCGUGUGCAGUGUGCUUCUUCUAGGUGGAUUUGUCUGUGUCGCAAGCGGUAUUCGUAUCCACUACAUAACCUACCUCCACAACAAUAUCGAUAUCACAUGGGCCCUAGGCGAUGUUGCUGUGUGGUCAACCAUCGAGCCAUGUAUCGGAAUCAUCUGCGCCUGUCUCCCUGUCUUACAGCCAUUUGUCCGUUCACUGGUCAAGAAAACCCCGAGUUUACCCACCCAGCAUAUCGGGACACCUCGAAUGCCCAGUGUUAUACAGAGAAUAUCUCUCCGCAAACUUGAAAGCAACAAAUACGAUAUUGAAUCUAGAACGAGCCCUACGCCCUUCGGCGACAUAUAA